AUGGUCGUCAAUAAUGACAGAGGUCCCCCACUCCUGAAACCCUUAUCCUGGCUGCCUCCCCCUCCCCUGCCCCCUCCCCUCCUCUGUCCCCCUCCCCUGCCCCCUCACCCCUCCUCUGUCCCGCUCCCCUGCCCCCUCCCCCUCCUCUGUCCCGCUCCCCUGCCCCCUCACCCCUCCUCUGUCCCCUCCCUGCCCCCUCACCCCUCCUGUCCCGCUCCCCUGCCACCUGCCCCUCCUCUGUCCCGCUCCCCUGCCCCCUCCCCCCUCCUCUGUCCCGCUCCCCUGCCCCCUCCCCCUCCUCUGUCCCCCUCCCCUGCCCCCUCCCCCUCCUCUGUCCCGCUCCCCUGCCCCCUCACCCCUCCUCUGUCCCGCUCCCCUGCCCCCUCACCCCUCCUCUGUCCCGCUCCCCUGCCCCCUCCCCCUCCUCUAAUCUGUCAGGUCAAGGCCACUAAACCUUCAGGUAAACUCCCACCACACCAGAACCUGUCAGGUCGAAUCUGGUCAAACCAGAACCUGUCAGGUCAAAUCUGGCCACACCAGAACCUGUCUGGUCAAAUCAGGCCACACCAGAACCUGUCAGGUCAAAUCUGGCCACACCAGAACCUGGCCACACCAGAACCUGUCAGGUCAAAUCUGGCCACACCAGAACCUGUCAGGUCAAAUCUGGCCACACCAGAACCUGUCUGGUCAAAUCUGGCCACACCAGAACCUGUCAGGUAA